UGCACGCUCCGCUGACGUCAGAGGACCCGCUGAAAUUCAAAGUUAGAGACGGACACUGCAACACCUGAAGACCAGGAGGCUGUUUUCUCGAUUUAAUGCAGCUUAGGUUUGACCUGAAUCGAGUUUAAGGUUUUAAGACAUAUUCUCGGUUCAUCAUGGAAGCUGGGCAGGAAAAUGGCAGCAAUGUCACCUUAAAGAGGCAGAGGGAACCUCUGUCGGACACUGAAGACAACAUCGUCCCCGCAGCAGAUGUAAAAGAUGGACUGAAGCGACGGCGUCUGGAAGCAGCUGGUCAGGAGAACCUGACUCCUGAGCCAUCCUCAUCUGGACGUCUAACGGAGUUCCAGGCAAAACCGGACACACCGGUGAUCCCGUCGGUCCGUUCCCGAGUCCAGCUGCUCGCUCAGAGAAAAGACGGUUCUUUUGCACAGCGUUCUUUCUCUCAUCCAGGAAAUGAAAGUCCAUCGGUUACCAGCAAGGGUGUCAGUGAGCGUCUUCUCGGUGAGGAAGAAUUUCAUCAACGGCUGGAGCGUUUUAAGGCACCAGCCUCUCAGGCCGACACCACCCAAACGCCGAGCCCUGCCAGCUCCUGCCCCCGGCCCCGCUCCGACUUUGUGUCUGGCAUUCGGCAGAAACUGCAGUGCACAACAACGCCCAGCUCCAAACAGGCUUCCAUCAUGCGCCAGGAACGGGAGCUGGAGUUAAACCAGUUGCCUUUCCAGCCAAUCAGUAAGAACGCUUGGCUGAAAAGGUGCGGCUCGGAUUCAUCAAUAACUCAGCAGGUUCCUGGAGACGUUGAGAUGAAAGAUGGGAGUUUUACUGACAUGUUGACAUCUGUGGCUACGACACCUUCUGGAAAUAUGACGGGUGAAGGAGCGGUCGCUGAUGCUCCUGCGGCAUCUAAAGAGCUUAAACUCAACAGAGAGGGGCAGAAGGAGAGCGUUCCUCACGACGCAGGGUCAAACUCUCAUGAUGACACCAACUCGACAGAAACCAUUGAGAAGAUGUUUGAAGAGGUGCUGGAAUAUGCUGGGAGUGCAGAAGAGGAGGGACGAGUUGAGGAAGACGGAGAGGAUCAUGACAGUGGCAUCGGUUCUUGUUCUGUUGUAAAGAGUGGUGAGAAGAUUGAAAGAGAGGAAGAGCCCAGAGGAGAGGAAUGUGAUGAAAACGAUGAGCUUCUUACUUUUCCUCAAGGCGGCAUCCUCUCUCCUCUCAGCAAGUCUCUUGAAGCUGUGGUUACCCCACUGCGACUGGCUGCGGCCCAAGAGUCUCAUCCUCCACCGUUGCUCCUGUCUCCAGAGGAAAGCAGCACUCCUCCUGAAUCUGCUCCUCUGUACAGCAUCGAUGCGUACCGCACACAAAGGCAACGUAAGCUGCCAGCCAUUCAGAGCGUGACUCCUGUGGUUCAACGACGAACGCCAGAGACGCCGAAGCCCAAAGAGUCUGCCAACACCAAGGAGAAGAUAACUGCUCUGAAUGAAGAAGCUGGGAAACUGCAGCUGGUGAUCAACCAGACGCUGCAAGCGCUGGGCUGCUGCACCGAUGAGGAGCACGGACGAGGCUCUCUGGAGGAGGCCGAAGCUGAGAAACUUCUGCUGGUGUCCUGUGAGAAACGGUCUGCUCUGCUGGCAGAGGUGUCCAGACUGCGGGAGGAGAGGAGCCUGCAAUCUGAAGAGGCUCAAAAGGAGGACACGGACUACGUUUCCCAGCAGGCCUGCAGAGGAACCAUCAACAUCACCAACAUCCAGCUCCCUCUGAAGGUUGAGUUUGUCUGCUCGUCGAACAGCCGUCCAGGUCGACCGAGCCACUACUUUUUCAUCCUGAUCCGCUACGGACCGUGCAACGUCAUCGCCACGCCGCUGGCCACAUCCACCGACGCUCAAAAUGGAGACGCCGUCUCCUUCCCGACUGCAGUCACUCUAAAGGAUAUACGCUCGUCUUUUGAGAUUGAUGUUGAAGUCUACAGCCUGUGUCUAAGCUCAGGAUCCACCAGUACCACAGACCGGACCAGCACCAAGUCCCGUGUCACACCAAGGAAGUUUCUGAACACCCUUACACAGAAAUCCAGCAACAUUUUCACAUCUCCUGCUGCUCUCAACACUCGCCGCUCCAGUAACUUUUCUCUGGUGGGUUCCCACAAGAUCACCUUGGCUUCACUGGGAUGCAGGAAAUUUCCUCUUGAUAAGAUGAAAUUUGAUGGCAAAAUCAGGAGGCUGCUGGGAGAUGAAUUUCAGGAAAAGGUGCCAUUUCUUUCGCCACUGGAGGGCCACAUCUACCUGAAACUGGACAGCGAGGGCCACUCCGAUGUGCAGCACCAAGGCUUCCUGACGAUGUUUGAGUUGAUCAGUGGAUUUGGGGUGUGGAAUCGGCGAUAUUUUGUUCUGGAGGAAUGCAACUUGUCCUACUGGAGCAACCCAAAUGACAGGGAGACCAAGGAAGCAGAAGGCAGCAUCUCUCUGUCCAGGUCUCCCAGUCAGUGCGUCAGGCCUGUUAAGAGAGAUUCCUGUGCUCGACCUUUCACCUUUGAGCUGGUGAACGCCUCUCAGCAGGAAGACCAAAACCAGGAAGCACUGUCCAAGUGUUGGUUCUCGGCUGACACCAAGCAGGAGAGGUUGGACUGGAUGGAGAAGCUCAACCAAGCCCUGCUGGACUUCCACACGUGGAGCCGUCCUCCGGCUGAGAACCAGGCGUUCAACACGUCCAACAUGUCCAACAGCGGGAACCUGACGGAGAGCAUCCUGUAGCGCGAACAGAGUCCUGGAAUCAGCUUUUAGGUUUUUGGUAUGAGCUGAUAUUGGAGAUUAGAUUAGAAAUGUGGGAGACACGAUGAAACAUCUCAUGUUGAUUUAUUGAUGGGAGACCAAUUCAUUUUUCUGUUUUAAUCCUAAUCUAAUCUAUAAUCGUUGGGUUUCACUUUUAUUUGCAAACUUUGUUGCAAAUCGAAUAUUUUUAGUAUCAUGUUGUCAGAUUUUUUGUUUUUUUUAACUGGUUUUAUUUUUUGCAGGAUUUCAUUUGGUGAGCAGCUGCUCUGUUAAUGGUCACUUUAAGUUGUUGUCGCCUUUGCUAUUACCAAUAUUUACUUCUGUACAUGUACGGAUUCGGAUUCUAUUUUUAUUGUUCAAGCUUGAAGGAUAAAUAAUUGUGAUCAAUACACUUGACAGUAAAAAUAAAUGUAUGACUAACGCAGGAUGGGAGUCUCAGUGAGAACGUGAAACCGAUCAAAAGCCGUCGUCUCUCUGUUAAAUGUUCGGGUUUGGCUGCAUUCAGAAGGCUGAGGGACAAAAAGCCUAUUGUUGUUUCUGGGAUUUAAUUAAGUGGAAGAGAAAUAUACAAAACUAUUUUAUUCACCUUGAUGUGAAGGAGGAGAGUUUGGUUGCUUAGACUUUAUAUAUUCCUAAUUUACAAGAUUUUACCCUUAAUAUCUAAAUGGUAGCAGUUUCUUUUAUUUUUCUUCCAAAAUUAGAUUUUUUUUUUUUAAAUAUACAUACGGACCUUUUGAUAAUCAGCAUUGCUGGCAUCUUGUCUGACUUCAUUCCCAGCACAUUAAGCAUUCAUCAUUAUUACAAAUACAAAGAUCCAUUUAGUUACUGACGUAAACACGUUUGUAAGGUGAGGGUAAAUGAUUUGUUCUGUUUGGUUUUCUUUCCCCUCUGUCAUGUCGUUGGUUUUCUUGUAUAUGUGCAUUUUCAGUUUAUUUGUCUAUGAGACAGUAUCAAUAAAGUCUAAGGAUUGAAA